AUGGUUCACCUAGGUCCAAAGAAACCUCCUCUAAGAAAAGGAUCCAUGGCUGACGUGCCAGCCAACCUGUUGGAACAAAUCCACGGGCUUGAGACUAUUUUCGCAGUCAAUGGCGACAAAUUGAAGGCCAUUACUAACCAUUUCAUUGGUGAAUUGGAUAAAGGUCUUUCCAAGAAGGGCGGAAACAUUCCCAUGAUUCCUGGUUGGGUCAUGACUUACCCAACCGGUAAGGAAACCGGUGACUAUCUAGCCAUUGACCUUGGUGGAACCAACUUGAGAGUUGUGGCGGUCAAACUGGGCGGAAACCGCGACUUUGACACCACUCAGUCCAAGUACAAACUUCCAGACCAUAUCAGAACCUCUUCAUCCGAGGAAUUGUGGUCUUUCAUCGCGGACUGUUUGAAGACUUUCGUCGACGAAGAGUUUCCAAACGGUGUCAAGGGCAAGUUGCCCUUGGGUUUUACGUUCUCGUACCCAUGCUCCCAGGACAAGAUCAACGAAGGUUACUUGCAGAGAUGGACCAAGGGUUUCGACAUCGAUGGUGUCGAAGGUAAGAACGUUGUGCCAAUGUUGCAAGAGCAAUUGGCCAAGAGACAAAUCCCAAUCGAGGUUGUUGCUUUGAUCAACGACACCGUGGGUACUUUGGUCGCCUCUCUAUACACAGACUCUGAAACCAAGAUGGGUUGCAUUUUCGGUACCGGUGUCAACGGUGCAUACUACGACGUCGUUUCUGGCGUCGAGAAGCUAGAGGGUAGAUUGCCUUCCGACAUCACUUCUGACCUCCCAAUGGCCAUCAACUGUGAGUACGGUUCUUUCGACAACGAGCACAUGGUUCUUCCAAGAACCAAGUACGAUCUCUUGGUCGACGAGCAAUCUCCAAGACCAGGUCAACAAUCUUUCGAAAAGAUGACUUCUGGUUACUACUUGGGUGAACUUCUACGUUUGGUUCUUUUGGAUUUACACUCUCAAGGUUUCAUCUUCCAAGGCCAAGACUUGACCAAAUUCCAAAAGCCUUACGUUAUGGACACUGCCUACCCAGCCAAGAUCGAAGAAGAUCCUUUCGAAAACUUGGAAGACACCUACGACCUAUUCAAGGGUCUUGGCGUUGAAACCACCAGCCCAGAGCGUAAGUUGAUCAGACGUUUAGCUGAAUUGAUUGGUAUCAGAGCUUCUAGAUUGUCUGUCUGUGGUAUUGCUGCUGUGUGCAAAAAGAGAGGCUACGAGACCGGUCACAUUGCUGCUGAUGGUUCUGUCUACAACAGAUACCCAGGUUUCAAAGAGAGAGCCGCUGAAGGUUUGAGAGACAUCUUCGACUGGGAAUCUAAGCCCAAGCCAGAAGACUACCCAAUUCACAUUGUUCCUGCUGAAGAUGGUUCUGGUGCUGGUGCCGCCAUCAUCGCAGCCUUGACGGAGAAGAGAUUGGCUAAUGGCCUAUCUGUUGGUGUCGCCGAGAAAUAA